AUGGAUGAUGUCUUCACAGGUUUUCUCGCGCGUAGCUCGUCUGAAGACAAAUAUGACGAUGAAACUUCGAGUAGCGUCUUUGACAACAACGUGCUUGAGUAUGCGCGCCAUCAUAAAUUGACUACCAACUAUACUAUUCAACCAUCACUUGCAAUAGAGUCGCUGCCCUCACCUUCUGCAUGCUCUCCGGGUAAGCCUAGCGAACAGGAUGACCUUGAUAGUCUCGACGUACUGGCUCGUGUGAACAUCAAUGAAAAGUUGAUGGUUGACGCAGGCACACGUGUCUUCUUGAGUGCAGUCCUUAGUAGACCUCACAAAGGAGAGCACCUCGAUGAAACGCCCGCUACUCGUCCUCGUAUUGCAACGCUGAAGCUCGAGGAACCCAUCAUACAUACCGAUCCUGAGCUUGAUUUGCGAGCUUUCGGAAGUUUCUACAGCCCAGACCUCCGUCAGGUAAAGCUAUCAAUUGAAAUCGCUGACAUAGAGAAGGAUGAAGGGCUCGAAUGGCCUCAGGCUAUCCUCGAUAUUCCGGCUAUAGUUGAUCAGCAGGUUUCUUCUGAGAAAUGGGAAGGAUCACGAGAUGCGUUUCUCUUCUUGCAGGAAUGUAUGCGUGCUCCAGCAUUACGUCUGGACGCCAUCGCAAAGUAUAAACGGAAUACUGCAAAGGAUCCAGUAACUCCACCUCUCCUGUCACUCUCGCCGCCGACAUCACCAUUUAUGCCGUCCCAGAGAGUCGGCUUCAUAGAGAUGGAAUCGUCUGCAUCGAACUCCACUGCUGCAGAGGCUCAGGCUAUCGAAACAAGCAUCAUGGCUGACGAUGCGAUCUUACUACCUCCUAUCAUCGAGAACAUGAAGGAUGAGACACUCGCACCAACCUUCCACUCAGACUCUCAGGAUUCCAUGCUUUUAGAAGGCCCACUUGCGUCGCACUGCUCACCAUUUGCACUAGUGACUUCCACUACGGUGUCUUCGUUUUAUAAGCGCAAGAGUGAUAUAAAAGUCGAAGUACCGUUGACUCCGACAUACCACCCAUCGAAGUCAGAAACCUCCACUGGGAAGAGAAUCAAGACUUUAGAGUUUCCGAAGACGUUGCAUGAGUAUACAGCUGAGCUUCCCUCGUUGUACGAAAAUGGAGAUGACUGUCUAGGUUCCCAGAAUAGCUUUGAGGCUUUCUUCAGGGAAACCGUAGAGCCGAUUGCCGAAGCUGUCAACCGUAACGUCGAACAGGAACAACUCCAAGAAGUUGAUACGACAAGACGCGUUACUGUUCCUGCAGUUGAUAUGAAGCUACCAAUUCCUCCCUGGGAUCCGCAGGACGUCGCUUGUGUUGGCCGUAAUCAGGCUUGCCAGAGCUUACUUCACAAGACUAAGAAGUACGACCUCACCUUUAUGCGCCACUGGCCUGGUGUUUCCAAGGUCGAGCGAACCAUGCCCUGGAGUCCGUUCGACCCUAAGCUAGGUGCCAUGGCCGUAGACGAGACAAUCCAAGACGACAAAGCGCUUGCAGCGAUGAUGCAUGAGGCAGCCCCGGAAGUAGUGACUAGCUCUCAGCUUAUAUGGAAACCCGAUGGUCUUCGCAUCUUGGAUAAAAACGAUGAGUCGGAGGACGAACUCGAGCCUGGUGUUUUUGAAGACGAAAAUGAGCUAUCAGCCCUUUUGAGAAAGCGGAAAAUAGAGAUCGAUCAAGAUACAUCCGCAUUGACGGGAGGUAUUGAGCGGCGAAGCAAAAUGAUGCGACCAGGCGAGGGCGAGAACGUUAGGACAGAAGCGACUUUUGAUGUGCUGAGGUCAAUCAUCAAUGAACACUCAGCCGACUCUCCUAGCCAGAGGGAAGCUCAAUGCUCUCGAACUGGAAAGCUUCAACCUGAAGACACGACAGCUUCGACCGUGACCUUCGCUAGUGAAGGUUUCUUUUCCACCACCAAGGCGCUGCACCAAUUCAUGCUGAUUCAAGGCAACAAGAUGCCAAUACCCCAGCAUCCAUGUACGAGAUCAGCCCAUAAGCAGGAGCCCGCCCAAACCUCUAAGCAGAACAAGAAUGAAGCACUCAGGAUACAGUUACAGUCACAGCUCCCUCCAGCACCCAUCCAUACCCCUAUUUCCGUCCCGACCUGGUCUCUCCCCUCCCCACUGCCCAAGACAUCAAUGAUAUUCUCCACAAACCUCUUAACCCACUUCCGGCCCCUCGUCCGCACACUACAAUCCAUACACCCAGACCUCGCUUUCAUAGAGCGCGACUUCGAAUCCGCUAUCUCACCAGUAACCGAAGCAGAUAUCAUCCUUUCACCCGCGACCGCAAUCUUUCUCACCUCUAUUCAGAAGAUUAAACAGCGGAGUCUGCCUGGCCAAGCGAGCAGACCAGGCGUGAAGAACCAAAUCACCGCGAUGACGGAGCGCUAUGAACGUGUGCUUGUCUUUGUCGGGACGAUCACCAGCACAACAAACGUUCAGCGACCGCCAGGGUUUCCAGCAGCAUACACAGCUGGAUUGCAGAACGGACUCUUGACUAGAGCAUCAGCAGGACACACCUCAGUCGAUACUACUACCACCAUCUCCACCAAUACAGAUACCCUCAGCUAUGAUGAUGUCCCGCUCGACACCUCCGACGCCAUCGCCUUCGCCCAACUCAGCAUAUACUGCAGCCUGCUCCCAGGCGACGUCAUCGUCGUAUACAUCCCAGGCGGCCUAACACACAUGGCGCACGCGACCCUACACGCACAAGCUCGGUACGGCCAGCCAGCAGUAGAGACACCAACACCAACAGGAACAGCAGCAGCAGCAGAAGCAGUAGCAAUAGUACAGCAGCCAAAUCUACAAACUCCCUCUGUGUCCCCAAUCGUCCUCCUUCCCGACGAAACCCUCUGGGAACUCUUCCUUCGCCGCGCCGGCCUGAACGCAUACGCAGCACAAAGCAUUCUCUGCGCACUCCGAUCGCGUCCUCACAACACCCUCGCCACACCACUCACCGCCCCAGCAGACGUCAUCUCCGUCGAUACUUGUGUCCACGAAGACACCAGCCCAACAGCAACCACAGUGACCGGUCUACCAGCAUUCCUACUUAUGAGCCAGGCAGAGCGCGAGGCGCAGUUCGGCGCCAUGCUAGGCGGGACGCGGAUUCUGAGGAGAGUUGGACGGGUAGUGGAUGGUGGGUGGCCGAGUGCGAGGAAUGGGUUCUGCGGGGUGGGGAAGGAGGAGGGGGAAGGGGAGGGGAAUAUGCAGUGA